CCGGAAUCUGGGCAUCGUACAUACUACGGUACAUAAGGACAGUACAUCCUGCCCUGAUGAUCUGUACCCCCAGGUCAGCUUAUUAAUGUCAAUCAUGAACAUGCCUUCAUAUCUUUCACAUCUUGCGAUUGUAGCUGCUCUACUUGGUCUUGGCUCUGGACAGUCAUUAGCAUCGUUAAGUGUUGCUUCUGGUUCUGCGACCGGUACUGCGUCUAGUACGGCUACUUACACACAGAGCAAUGUCCCCACAGGAACACCUUUGCCUGGCAAUUACAAUGGCAUGUAUAGACCUCAGGUCCAUUUUUCGCCUCCAAUUGGGUUCAUGAACGAUCCGAAUGGGAUGUAUGUCGAUGAUAACGGCACAUACCAUCUAUACUAUCAAUACAAUCCAACCACAAACAUCGCCGGCAAUCAACAUUGGGGUCACGCAACAAGCGAUGACCUUUACACAUGGACUAAUCAGCCAAUUGCGAUCUUCCCUGGAGGACCUACUGAGGGCGUCUUCUCCGGAUCAGCAGUCAUUGACCCUAAUAAUACUUCUGGGUUUUUUCCUAAUCAGACCAACGGUGUAGUUGCUAUCUACACGAUCAAUGUGCCUGAGAACCAAACCCAGCAUAUUGCAUAUUCUUACGACAACGGAAUUUCCUUCAUCAAAUAUGAGGGUAACCCUGUGAUUGUGCCGGGUGGGACCAACCCAACGCAAUUCCGGGACCCUAAAGUCAUUUGGUACGAGCCAACUCAGAACUGGAUCAUGGUCGUGGCCUAUCCUGUCGACUUCAAGGUCGGUAUCUUCUCCUCUCCAGAUCUAAAAUCAUGGAAAGCCGAGAGCAACUUCACUCACUACGGCCUGACCGGACUGCAAUAUGAAUGCCCUAACAUGGUCGAGAUACCCGUCCAAGAUCCUGCAGAGGGAGCGCCAAGCUCUAUGUACGCAAUGUUGAUUUCUAUCAACCCUGGCGCUCCUCUCGGGGGCUCUAUUACAGAGUACUUUCUCGGCAACUUCAACGGUACACACUUCGAAGCCCUUGAUUCGACUGUUCGCUUCACGGAUUUCGCGAAAGAUAAUUACGCUGGGCAAUUCUUUUACGGCAUUCCGUCCAGUGAUGACCAGAUUACCAUCAAUUGGGCGAGCAACUGGCAGUACACGAAUGUCGUCCCCACUGCGGGUCAGGAGCUAGGCGAUGGUUUCCGCAGUGUAAUGACUGUACCACGCGGUCAUUACAUUAAGAAUCUCACGAGAUUCGGACCUAGCCUUAUUUCGUAUCCUUACAACAUCAUGUCGAUCGUGGAGUCUGAGUUGGCCUCAAAUAGCUCCCUGGGCAACGGAACCGUUCUCAUCGACUACUCCACCGUUGAAUCAGGCGCCUUGUAUUUCGAAGCGAAUAUUACCGGUCUUACAAAUGGUGAUUCACUUGAUGGAUCGCUGAAUUUCACUUUCUCGUCGUCUGUGUCUGGUGAGGCCAUCUCGGGCGGAACUUUCAUCUCAUCUGGGGACGUAUGGCUUGAUCGAGGACGCACAAAUGGCUUCCAGAGUCCUUUCUUUAACGACAAGUUCUCAGCCACAGGGCUGUACAAUGAAGCCGAUGGCGCUUGGAGAUUGUCUGGUAUCGUCGACCGCAGCAUUAUCGAGAUUUUCUUGAACGGAGGCGAGCUCAGCGCUACCAGCGUCUUCUUCCCUCAACAGGCUUUAGACACGAUGAUCUUAAGGGUAACGGGCCUCAACUCGACUGCUACUGCAAGCGUGGGUGUGUGGGCCUUGAAGGCAGCGUGGCUGGGUGAAGCCAACGUCAACGGCACGGUGUAUGGCAAUGUCACUGAGGGUGUUAAUUCAAUGAAGAAGAGGGACAUGCCUGGUGCAAUGCCAUUGCUCUAGGUACCCUCUCGCAUCCGUCAAGGGUCUUGGGGUACGAGGAUAAAAGUUGAAUAAGUGAAUUACAUUAUGAGAUUACAAUUUGAUUAUAUGGCGUCCAUAUGGGAAAGAAAAUCUACACUCAGGAUAUAUAAAUAACGUGAGGAAUACAUCACAAAGAUAAGGCCGUCGAAACAUGACUUGUCGUUUCUUGCUAAUUCUUCCCUGUUCACAACAUGAACCACCAGCGUAGCUGUCCGGGUCUAAUUUCAUGCAUACCUUUAUUUACAUAAAAUCCUUUACAAACAAGUUGUAGUUGUCUAAAGGAUUAUCUUUCUCAAUCAAGCUCCACA